CCUGCGGUCUAAUGGCUCAACCCCACCAAACACCAAGUGGCAGCGAAAAAAGAGGGACACUACCGCUUCCUAGCAGGCAUACCCAGUGGAGGAGCAGUGGAUCAGGAGGAUGUCGGAGCAGCAAAGUGCCCCGGAGCAGCUAGCUGCUGGGAAGAGCCAGGGUGGAGCUGGAGCCACAUACAAGGUGGUGCUGUUUGAGUUUGAAAAUUUCCAGGGCUGCAAGGCAGAGUUUUCUGCAGAGUGUAAAGAUGUGACAGAGAAAGGACUGCAGAAGGUCAGCUCUGUGAUCGUUGAGUCAGGACCCUGGGUGGGUUAUGAUCGGCAUGGGUUCACAGGGGAGCAGUUUAUUCUGGAGAAAGGAGAGUAUCCACGCUGGGACACCUGGACCAACAGUCAGAACAGCUACUCCCUCUUGUCUCUAAGGCCACUCAAAGUGGAUGGUGCUGAACACAAGCUGCACCUGUAUGAGAAUCCAAGUUUUACUGGCAGAAAGAUGGAGAUCAUUGACGAUGAUGUGCCCAGUUUGUGGGGCCAUGGUUUUCAGGACCGUGUAGCAAGCAUCAAAGCUCUCAAUGGAACAUGGGUUGGCUACAUGUACCCAGGCUACAGGGGUCGCCAGUUUGUCUUUGAGCGAGGAGAUUUCAAGCAUUGGAAUGACUGGGAGGCCCCCGCUCCCCAGAUCCAGUCUGUCCGACGUGUGCGAGACAUGCAGUGGCACAAGAGGGGCUGUUUCAUCGUUCCCGACCCAGCUCCGGCUCCUGAUCCCGACCCUGCCCCGGCACCUCCUGCCCCUCCUGCUACAGCUGGAGCCAGCUGAGCAGGACCCUCGCCUGCCUCCCGCAGCCUUCCCCACGCUGCCGACAGUGCCCGCCCUCUGCCUUAACCUAACCACGGCAAACGCUGCUUGUGCCCAGUGAGGAGUGCCAUGUAUGUAUCAGUGGCGAAUAAAAGUUGUUUGACCUGGAGUUUAUUGGUGAUGUUGUACUUCAAGUCAAGGUGGAGAUGGCUUUAACUAAAGGUUUGGAAAAAAAAAUAAAAACACUAUCAGAGAUGUCACACUGACAUCUAUGUGGAGAUAAUGUAGCCUACAUCUGGCAGAUAUUUUUCCUCGAGAUAAGCUGCAGAUGUGUGCCGCUUUCAUUGCAUGUGUUUUCCUAUUCUAGUCAGACAGCUGAAAACCUCAUCGAGCAUUAGGAACACAUGACUUAUUCAAUGCAUAUGUGGAUACGCGUUUGCCUAACAGAAAUGGAAAUGAUGUCAUGCUGUAUGUAUGCUUGCUAUUAAAACAGAGUGCGCUGCA